CCUCUUUCAGGAGAGAGUCGUCCCGAUUGGGCCCGUUGUUCCCCGUCAGUCUUUGGUUCCGGGAGCUUUUUCCGGCGGUGAAGUUCCCGGGGUGGGUGAAGGUGAUAACAAUGGCUGGCCGCAGGGUUGCUCUGAAAGCAAUAGAUUGGGCAGCAUUUGCUGAACGAGUGUCAGCUGAUCAGAAACAUAUGUUUAAUGCUUUCAAAUCACGUAGUGAUGCUAUUGCAGCCAAGCUUGCGUCUUUGCCAGAGACACCACCAGCCAUUGACUGGACUUUCUACAAGACUACAGUUAUGAACCCUACUUUAGUGGAUGAAUUUGAAAAGAAGUUUAAGGCAUUGCAGAUUCCUAUGCCUGCGGAUACCGAAACAGCUAAAAUAACCGCCCAAGAAAAGGAGUCUGAUAAGAAUGCUGCUGACUUCGUACAGGCUUCCAAAGCCCGCAUUGCUGAAUAUGAGGAGGAGCUUCAGCAAUUGAGAAACAUGAUACCCUUUGAAAAUAUGACAUAUGAAGAUCUACCUGAAAAAUUUCGAGAUCCUACACUGGACCCAGUAAAAUAUCCUCAUUGGCCACACAAGCUUAUUGCUGAUGUAUAAACACUGGCUGUUCAAAAGCAUUGUGCAACAUCAGUUCUUCUUCAUAAAUCUAUUAAAUAAAGUAAUUGCACAUGA